AUGGCAGUUCAAGCCACGACUUCAACAGCGCCAUCAUCACCGCCGGCAGCCUUUCACCGCUCACCAUGGCACUCACCGGUACCGUAUCUCUUCGGAGGCCUUGCUGCCAUGCUGGGUCUCAUUGCUUUCGCUCUCAUGAUUCUCGCCUGCUCUUAUUGGAAACUCUCCGGCGAACUGGAGAACAGCGACGACGUUGACAGAGAUCUAGAGUCCGGUAACGCCGACGGCGAUUCCAAACUGGAGAAUUACAAGGUGCCGCCUGUUUUUGAAGAAAAGUAUCUUGUAAUCAUGGCCGGACAACAGAAACCGACUUUUCUGGCAACACCCAUUUCGAGUAGAGCUACGUCGUUUGGUAGCAGUAGUUGCCGGAGCAGUUCAACGGAGAAUACGUCGACGUCGGAGAUGGAAAUGAUGGAGGAGAAGGAGAAACAGGGGAGGAGUGAGGAGGUAGAAGUGGGUAUCAUUGGGAAUCAUGAGCCCUUAGAUCAGGUCUCUUGA